AUGUCCACUUCCAGACCACAGUUCAACCGUCGCAGAACUUCUUCUGUCGGCAAAAUCGACUUGGGUGAUACAAGAGUACGUUCAUUCUCAACUUCACGUACUUCACAUCAAAGAAAUGCUUCAGAUUCAAGAGUUAAUGAAUUAUCAAAUUAUUCCAAGACUGAUUUAGAAAUUAUAACAAAAAUUAAAACUGGUCUAGUUGAAUUAAGUUAUCGUCACACAUGGGCUUUACCUGCUUUGAUCUUGUUAAUUGUUUAUACUGCUUAUUUCACUUCAGGUAAUUAUACAGAAUCAAAUUUUUUACACAUGUUUGUAUCAAUAUCAUAUCAAAUCCCUGGUACAAAUCAAUAUGAUAAAGGUAUUAAAGAUUUAGCAUUUGUGCUAUUUUAUAUGAUUUUUUUCACAUUUUUCAGAGAAUUUUGUAUGGAAGUUAUAUUACGUCCCCUUGCACCAAUUGUUGGUGUUAAAAAACCUUCUAAAAUCAAGAGAUUUAUGGAACAAUCUUAUUCUGUUAUUUAUUCUGGUUUAUCAGGUCCUUUUGGUCUUUAUGUUAUGUAUGGAACUGAUUUAUGGUUAUUUAGAACUGAUACUAUGUAUGCAACAUAUCCAGAUUUAACAAAUGAUUACUUGUACAAAUUAUUUUAUUUAGGUCAAGCUGCAUUUUGGUGUCAACAAUCUGUUAUCUUGAUAUUACAAGUUGAAAAACCAAGAAAAGAUUUCAAAGAAUUAGUCUUGCAUCAUAUUGUUACAAUUUUAAUGAUUUGGUUAUCAUAUGUUUUCCAUUUCACCAAAAUGGGAUUAGCAAUUUAUAUUACAAUGGAUGUUUCAGAUUUUUUCCUUGCAGUUUCCAAGAAUUUAAAUUAUUUAGAUUCUCCGUUAACAAUGCCUUGGUUUAUCCUUUUUGUUAUAUCAUGGAUUUAUUUACGUCAUUAUAUUAAUUUAAAAAUUUUAUGGUCAGUUUUAACAGAAUUUAGAACAGUGGGAGAUUUUAAAUUAAAUUUUGCAACUCAACAAUAUAAAUGUUGGAUUUCAUUACCAAUUGUAUUUGUAUUAAUUGGUGCUUUACAAUUAUUAAAUAUGUAUUGGUUAUUCUUAAUUUUAAGAAUUCUUUAUAGAUUUAUCUUUGGUACUGGUGUUGUGGAAGAUGAUCGUAGUGAUGAUGAAAGUGAAGAUAGUGAAGAUGUUCAAUUAGAAAAUGAUGGUGAAGAAUUAUCUAAAAAUCAAUCAAUUCAAUCACCACCAGAAAUUACAAUUGAAUUUAAAUCUGAUCAAGAAAAAAAGAGUGAAUAA